UACCUUUCCUUUUUCCGUCCCAUCUUCCAGCGCGGACAUGGCGAAUGUCUAAUGGCCCGGCUUAUUAUCGUUCAAUUUGCACCAUUUAGUAGACGAGCUUGGUGUUUGGUGGCACACUGGUCAGAAAUAAUGGCCACUUGUAAUGUGGAGCAGCUGCGUUUAUCGCCGCCAAGCCACCACCACCGGUAAGUGCAUUGUGGCCAAUGCGCGGGGACAAUUGUGAAAAAUCACGACCCGCCGCUCAUUUCUGGCAAUUUCCAUUACAACGAGAUGUGAUAAGUGUUACGUGUGGCACGUCAGCCCAGCAUCGGAAGUACGCUUCCCAUGUUAAGAGAUUCGGCCACAUAUUCCCGCGGCUGCCGACAUCUUGCCGCUCGUGCUACCUGUCGCGCACUCGUCGCGAGAAUAGAAAAUGGAUUGUAUAAUUUAUCAUGUGCCUGCUGAUUCAGAUGCAGAUGACAUGAUCGUCUCCAGUUGCGGUGUCUACGUGUUAUUGCUCCAGGCAUACGUGUACAAAAAUGAAGCGCAUCUUCCAGUACCAUCCACCGACAAUUUGCUACGACAAACCAGCGGCCGCACUUGUAUCCCAGGAUGAGUACGACGAUCGAAGACUACGAGCACUGGCCGGUACACAAGUGCUAGAACUCGUUGUGCCGAAAAAAUCGGCCCGCACGUGGACAAUGUUUGCCGGUGACUUAUGCCGCGUCUCACUCCCGGAAGGAUCACAGGUCGGUGAUCUGAACUUGUGGAACCUGGAGAACCCACGGAAGGAACGAUUCUACUCCGGUAAAACGAGACAGAUUCAUUCGACGCACCUUAAAACGUACGAUCGUCUUUGGAGUUGCUUCCCGUACCUGCGGCCGAUGGCUACGUUUGUGAAGGAUUCGCUCGAAGAUUAUGGUAUCGAUCGGGAUGGUGGAUCGUUGCAUGAUGUAGUCGGGACGCGGUGUGACGAUUACAUUUACAAGCUCAUUACCGGUGAGGAUCGUUACGGGAGCUGCCACAGCUAUCUGACGGCGGCGGUGCAAGAACAUGGACUGACGGAGGAGGACGUGCAUGAUACUUGGAACAUCUUUAUGUGUACCGGAUUUACGAGGGACACACAGCAAUACUUUUGCAAGCCAAGUCCCGCCCGCAAAGGAGAUUACAUUGAGUUUUUAGCUGAAAUGAACCUGCUCGUUGCUCUCAGUGCAUGCCCGCAGGGUGACGUUUCGAUACAGGUGGGCCAGAAAGUGCCGGAUGAGAAAUGUUUCCCCAUGAAGGUGGAGGUGUUCCGAGCAAAAUGAUGAUACGAGCUGAAGUUUGAAUUAGUAGUGUUUGUGAUGCAAUAAAUAUGUGUACUUUGGAAAUUGAUUA